AUGCCAUACUUCGGUAAUUCCUAUCGCUACCUCAUCCUCUUCGUUGCUUUUUUCUGUCUUGUCUCAGUAUGCUCAAACUAUAUUAUCAUCAACUUCACAUUUAUCUGCAUGAGUGAAGACACUUCUGAAACAGUACUGGUCAAUGAUACACUGAAAAGCAUUUACGACUACGAUCCAGAGCAAAAAAAGUAUAUAAUGUGGGCAGUUGGUACUGGAACAGUGAUCGGCACAAUUCCAACUAAUUGGCUUGUCGUCAACUAUGGAGCAAAGUGGCCUUUUCUGAUUGCCGGAUUAGUCUCAGCGGGGUCAACGGUUAUGAUCCCCUUUGCAGCGAAGAACAGUUACUUUCUAUUGCUGUUUCUAAGAUUUUUGCAAGGUCUCGCUUACUCCACUGACUUCGCAGCUAUAGGAAUCAUCACCGUACGAUGGGCUCCACUCCGAGAAGUUGCCUUCUUCAUAGCCCUUCUCACUUGCUUUACUGGAGUCUCCUCGAUGAUCACUAACUCCGCGACUGGUCUGAUCUGUCAGAGCUCCUUUGGAUGGCAAUAUUCAUAUUACAUUCAUGGAUUUGUCGGAAUCAUUUUGUUCGCUUUCUGGGCUGGGAUAUAUGUGGAUGACCCACAGGAAUCAACAAGAAUAUCCAAGAGAGAGCUGUCAAGAAUAAAUAAGAAUAAAUCGGCAGCUCAUUUGGAAAGUAAAGCAGAGAUCCCUUAUUUGAAAAUUUUCACAAGUCCUGUCAUCUUAAUUGUCUGGGUCAAUGCAUUCUUCGAAAUGACAGCCGUCAUCUUCUUCGCUACGUACAUGCCUAUAUAUCUCCAUGAAGUUCUGAAAUUCCCCAUUCAAACAACUGGUUUCUACGUAGCUGUUAUCCUUGGAAUGAAUAUCCCAUUGAGACUUGUGGCUGCUGCGUUCAGUGAUCGUAUUACGUGUAUAUCCGAAAAACUCAAAAUUCGAGUUUUCAACACAUUGUCCGUCGGAAUUUCUGGGUUAGCAUUGACGGGUAUUGGAUUCAUCCCAGCCGAAGAAAACUUGCUAAGCUUUGCCUGCAUCACUACGGUUAUGAUGUUUGUAGCUCUUAAUGUUGGAGGUUUUUAUAAAUGCGCGGCUCUUCAUGCAAGACAGUUCGCUCACAUAGUGAUUGCUGCAAUCCAAUUCACAAAAUGUUUGGCUUUAUUCAGUGCGCCUGGUCUAGUUGCUUUCUUUGUGAAGACAGAAACAAGUCGAGAGGAGUGGAUUCCAGUUUUUCUCUCAUUAGGACUAGCCAUGUUUGUUGCCAACUUAGGAUCAUUGUAUUAUUUCACUGACAAACCUGCCGAGUGGACUGGUUAUAAGAAGGAAACCUACACCGAGGUGCCAGUAGAUGAAGCCAAGUGUUGA